AUGAGUGUCGCCCGACAUCUUCACACAGCAUCCACAUUAGCAAAUGCAUUAGUAUUAGUUGCUGGUGGAGAGGGUAGCGGUGGUUACCUCUACAGUACUGAAUUGUACAAUCCUUCAACAGGCACUUGGAUAACCACAGGAAACAUGAGUUUUGCACGAUAUCAACACACAGCAUCGACAUUAGCAAAUGGAUCAGUAUUAGUUGCUGGUGGAUCGAGCAGUAGUGGCAACCUCGACAGUGCUGAAUUGUACAAUCCUUCAACAGGCACUUGGACAACCACAGGAAACAUGAGUUUUGCACGAUAUGGUCACACAGCAUCCACAUUAACAAAUGGAUUAGUAUUAGUUGCUGGUGGAGAGGGCAGUAGUGGCCGUUUCAAUAGUGCUGAAUUGUACAAUCCAUCAACAGGCACUUGGACAACCACAGGAAGCAUGAGUGCUGUACGAUGUCUUCACACAGCAUUCACAUUAGCAAAUGGAUCAGUAUUAGUUACUGGUGGAUUGAGCAGUAGUGGUGUUCUCAAUAGUGCUGAAUUGUACAAUCCAUUAACAGGCACUUGGACAACUACAGGAAGCAUGAAUGUCGCACGAUAUGGUCACACAGCAUCCACAUUAGCAAAUAGAUCAGUAUUGGUUACUGGUGGAUCGAGCGGUAGUAGCGAUCUCGACAGUGCUGAAUUGUACAAUCCAUCGUCAGACACUUGGACUGCCACAGGAAGCAUGAGUGUUGUACGAUAUUAUCACACAGCAUCCACAUUAGCGAAUGGAUUCGUACUAGUUAUUGGAGGAGAGAACAGCGGUGGCCAUCUCAAUAGUGCUGAAUUGUACAAUCCAUCAUCAGGCACGUGGACAAUUACAAGAAGCAUGAAUGUCGCACGAGAUGAUCACACGGCAUCCAUAUUAGCAAAUGGGGCAGUAUUAGCUGCUGGUGGAUAUGACGGUAGUGGUAUUCUCAAUAGUACUGAACUUUAUGAAUCGAUAUAA